CUGGAGUGGCCUUGGGGGAUCGCGGGAGGUGCUGGGGAGGUCCUGGUGGUUCCCGCGGGUCCCUGCGCCUGGAGGAGCUCCUGGGAGCCGGGUGUCCUCUGGGUGUCCUAGGCGGUUCCGUGUGGUUCCCGGGGCUGAGAGGUCCCGGGUGGUUCCGGGGGCUGCGGGGGUGUCCUGGCCGUUCCCCGCUCCUCCCGUCGGAGGCUCAGCGGGGGAAUUUGCAGGGGGAGGUGGGUGCGAGGAGCCGGGCAGCUGCGAGACUGGGGGUGAAUCGUAGAGAAAAAGAGGAGGGAGGAGCCGGGGAGGGCGGGGAGGGGGCGCGGGGGGCAGCGGGGCGCCGCGGUGCGGCUCCGGCUCCCCCCGCUCCCCGCCGCAGGGUGCGCGGAGCUCUGCCGGGAAGGUUCGGGGGGCGAUGGAGAACGGUUCGGCCAGCCCGGGGGCUGCGCUAGGUGGCAGCGGCAACCAGACCCUGGGCAGGAUGCCCCGGCAGCCCCUGGAGCUGCAGGUGGUCACCAUCCUGCUGGUGCUGCUCAUCUGUGGCGUGGGCAUUGUCGGCAACAUGAUGGUGGUGCUGGUGGUGCUGCGCACCAAGCACAUGGUGACCCCCACCAACUGCUACCUGGUGAGUCUGGCGGUGGCCGACCUCAUCGUGCUGCUGGCGGCCGGGCUGCCCAACAUCUCUGAAGUGGUGGCUUCUUGGGUGUACGGCUACGCUGGCUGCCUCUGCAUCACCUAUUUGCAGUACUUGGGCAUCAACAUCUCUGCCUGGUCCAUCACCGCCUUCACAGUGGAACGCUACAUCGCCAUCUGCCAUGCCAUCAAAGCGCAGCUCCUGUGCACCGUGUCCCGUGCCAAGCGCAUCAUCUCCUCGCUGUGGCUCUUCACCUCCCUCUAUUGCCUCAUGUGGUUCUUCCUGGUGGACACGACCCAGGUCACCUUCUUGGAUGGGACACAGGUCAGCUGUGGCUACCGGGUCUCCAGAAGCCUUUACAUGCCCAUUUACUUUUUGGAUUUUGCUGUCUUCUACAUCAUCCCAUUGGUACUGGCAACUGUACUCUACGGCCUCAUUGCCCGCAUCCUCUUCAUGAGCCCUCUGCCUGCCACCCCACAGCAAUCCUCCCUGGGCUCCACGCACCAAGGCGGCUCCCUCAAGCUCUCCUGCCGGGGCAACAAGGGGGCCCUGGGCUCCCGCAAGCAGGUGACCAAAAUGCUGGCUGUGGUGGUGGUCCUCUUCGCCCUUCUGUGGAUGCCUUAUCGCACUCUGGUGGUGGUGAACUCCUUCAUGGACCCCCCGUACCUGAACAUCUGGUUCCUUCUCUUCUGCCGCAUGUGUAUCUACCUGAACAGUGCCAUCAACCCCAUCAUCUACAACCUCAUGUCCCAGAAGUUCAGGGCUGCCUUUAGGAAGUUAUACAAGUGUGAAGAGAAGAGUGCCGAGAACCCCGUGCCGUACACUGCCCCGGUGUACUACAGCGUUAUGAAGGACUAUUCUCAUGACAGCUCCAUUCACAUCACCGAACAAGAAGAUCUCAACAGUCUCCCUGCAAAGAAGAACAAGCCUGUCAAAGAAAUCCUGGGACCCUGAGACAACACAGGCAGCGGGAGCUGUGUGGCUGUAUGCGUUGUGUUGGGAAAGUGCCAACAGAAAUUGCUUUGGCAUCACAGAAGGCUUAAUUUAAUACAUCUCCUGGGCAUUUAACAAAGCAGACUCCUAGAGGCAAAUUAAUUUGCUUUUCUUUAACGCUAGCUUAUUCUUGCUAGGUGAAGUGUUAGGCACAGGUCAUUGUUUAGCAUCUUUAACGAAUCUGUAGUUAAAUACAGAAUGCCGGUGGUCCCUGGGGUUGUCCCUAGGUUGACCCCAGCGUCACGCCAGAGGGGGUCUGAGCUUGACCCCGUGUCAUGCCAGCAGAGUCCUGGUGGGGUCCUGGUGUAGACCCUGGCAUCACACCGUGGGGGACUUGGCAUGAGCCCAGGGUCAUGCCGGCCGUUCCCGGGAGGGUCCCUGGGUUGACCCCAGGGUCCUGCUGGCUGGGUCUCGGUGGGGUCCUUGGGCUGACCCUGGCAAUACGCCGGGGGGGUCACACCAUGACCUUGCAGAUGGAGUCUCCUACAUCAGAAAUGACUGAAGCUGGGUGUCAUGGACCUCACCCCAUGCUUUUGGAAAUAUUGCAGUAGCACCUGUACCCAGGGUUCAGACCAGCUGGAUUUGUUACAGAAAAAUGGACAAACUAAUAAUAAGUGUUCCCUAAGGAAAUAGUAAUCCUUCCAACAUUGUGGUCUAAGCUUCUUUUGGCUAAUUUUACACUUUCUGUCCAAAUUCCUCUAUUUGCUUCUGCUGGAUACCGUAGCCUUGUCCUGUCAGCCCCAGUGUGGUGUAGCAUUGCUCUCCAUCCCAGCUACAGUUCUGUUCCAAUGGCAGGUAAAGCAACUCUCUUAUUUCCUGAAAAUGAUUUGUGGAAGUCCAUCAAGUGUUUUGUGAUAAAUGACAUGCUGACUACAAGACAUUAACAAUGCUCACUGCUACUAUCAUCUCAUUAAUAAAGUGGAUAUUCAUAACCUGAGGCAUCCAAGAAAGCAGCCCAAGGACACUUGCAGAAGACUAUCAUCUGGACUAGUAGUAAAAUAUAAAAUUACACAUGAGCCAAACUCCAAGGCUCUUGACAAAUAAAAUAAAUGUCAAACACCAGUAACUGUAAAAAAUUAUUUGGAGAGCUAAUUCAGUCUCACUCUUCAACACUGUUUUUCACCAAACUAUAGUGUUAAAUGAUCUUGGUAUUUUGCAUCUGCUUUGGAAAAGAUUGGCACGGUAUUUUUAAGAGCAUAAGAGGCUAAGUAACCAUUCUGUGUCUGUAGGAAACCACUUCCCUGGGUGAGGCAGACGAGGAUGUCAGCUCCCACUGAUGUGUUGGGAACUGUCUGAUAUUGAUUUCAUUUUGGUGUGGGGUGGCCUUGCAUGUAUGAUUAUUAUAUUGUGAGUUAUUAAACAAUCUACUUUGUCCCCGAAAUAACUGUAGGAUGAGAAAAGAGAACAUUGUUUUGUUUUGUUUUGGGUUUUUUUACAAUUAUUUGAAAUGGUUUGUGUUUAGAAUGUAAGCCUUAGUGUCAUUUUUUGUGCUUUCAUGUAUAUUGGGAAUUUAGGAACAAAUUUCCUCUGUUGUUGUUCAGGUGGCUCUGAACAUAGAUUUGGGAUUUGUUUCUUGAAGAAAAUUGAAAUGUUUUUGCUAUGAUGUGAGGAAAUUGUUCCACUUAGCAAAAGAAACAAGGAAAUGAAUCAAUUUGCUUGCAACAA